ACCGUUGGUGGCGGUUAGAGCGGAAGAAAAGAAAAAGGAAAGGAGUUUUGGAGGGAAAAGGAAAGAAGAUCAAUCUUCUUCUUCUUCAAUAAUCAUCUCAUCAUCAAUGGCGAUGUUAUUAUAAAUUGGAGAAAGCAUUUUCCAAUUUCCUUUUUAUUCAAUGAUUGCACUCUUCAAUUUUCAUUUACUAUCCUCGAUAUGGCUUCUUCUUCUUGCCAUGGCGAUUCGCACUUUUGGAGAAUCGUCGACAUGUUUGACGGUCUAUAGAGAAGGCGGUGCUCCCGCUGUUUUUCAAUCCCCUAAAUGCCCCCGCUGGAAGCUUUCCUCUUUCGAAUCCUAUUACGCUUCUCAAUCAUGGACCACCGAGCCCUGUCAAUUGGCUAUGCUUCAAGGUCGAAGAUACUCUCAGGAGGAUCGAGCUCUCUGCGUUCUCGAUCUUCGAAUUCCUUUCCCCGGAAAAGUAGGGCUUAAGGAGGUAAAUGUCGGAGUGGUUGCUGUUUUCGAUGGUCACAAUGGUGCCGAAGCAAGUGAGAUGGCAUCAAAGCUUUUAUUGGAGUACUUCAUCUUACAUACAUAUUUUCUUCUUGAUGCAACGUAUUCUGUUGUAUUCAAGAGAUCCAUUGGAGGAUUGCUAAAGAGUAAUGAAGAUGAUACUGUUUUUCAAUUGCUUAAUUGGGAUGAAGUAUUGGGUCACCAUGGGUUGGAUCUUGAAAGGUUUAAGACUUCACUGUCAGAGAAUUUUGUUGAUGCUCCUCACUUGGUAAUUUUGAAGGAGGCAUUGUUGAGAGCAAUCAAUGACAUUGAUGCAAUUUUUACUAAGGCAUCAUCUAGAAAGAAUCUGGAGUCUGGUUCAACAGCCACAGUUAUUCUAUUAGCAGAUGGUCAACUUUUAGUUGCUAAUAUUGGAGAUUCAAAAGCCUUUCUGUGCUCUGAAAAAUUCCAGUCAGCUGCAGAGGCUAAAGCCACUUAUUUAAAGUUAAAUAGGCAGGAAAGACGUAAUGGUGCUAUGUCACAUGUAAGAAAUGUUUUAAACUCUAGGUCGCCUUCCUCCAGUGGAUCGUUGCAUUUUUCUGUGAAAGAAUUAACAAGAGAUCAUCAUCCCAACAGAGAUGAUGAAAGAUUCCGGGUUGAAAAUGCUGGUGGUUAUGUUCUUGAAUGGGGUGGUGUGCCUCGAGUCAAUGGUCAGCUGGCUAUUUCUCGGGCAAUUGGUGAUGUUUCCUUUAAAAGCUAUGGUGUUAUAUCUGCACCAGAAUUGACAGAUUGGCAACCACUGACUGCAAAUGAUAGCUAUCUGGUGGCUGCAUCUGAUGGACUUUUUGAGAAAUUAAGCUUACAAGAUGUUUGUGACUUGAUAUGGGAAGUACGAAAUCACGAUCACCGUAGAUCAGAGCUCUCUACUUCAUGUUCCUACUCAUUAGCUGACUGCAUAGUAAACAAUGCAUUUGAAAAGGGCAGUAUGGAUAAUGUGGCAACUGUUGUUGUUCCAUUGGAAAGAUUAAACAAAGGAGACAAAGUUUCCCCAGCAUCAGGGUUGCAGAGGUCCACGUACGAUUUCUCAGUCAAUGAGAUCGGAUCGGAGAUAGUGCAUGUGAAGCCUGCUCAUCCAGUUAUGACCAUGUUUGAGAGGUUAUUGGUAGAAAGGAAACAGGGGUAUAUUGGCUCGUUUUAUUUAGCUGAAAACCUUGCUGAACUCACAGAUUACACGUUGCAAGCUGAAAAGUUUAACCAUGGAAAUUAUGCCAAACCUAAGGCACUCCCUGGGUCCCUGGACCACAGUUUUAGUGGAUCUGUAAAUCUAUAUCAUGACCAUAAUCUGUGCUUGCAUUAUGGAGUGAAUGCUGAUGGUGCCAAAGAUCAGUGCAUAAAUCCAGAAGGUUUUUCAAGUUUCAUUGGUUUUCUUGAAUCAAUUCCUAUUCAUGGUUCUGAUUCAAAAAAUGGAUCUUCUGAAUUUGAAAUUCCUAGCUUAAGCUAUGUUUUAAAGAAGAGGUUCGGUCAGGGAUCAUAUGGUGAGGUAUGGAUGGCUUUUCAUUGGAAUUUUCAUGAAGGCAGCAACUCUUCAGACUUCAAUGGCAGAGAAAACAAUGUCUCGUUUAAUUCUAUCCCAUUUGAUUCAAAAACCAAGAAUAGUAGCUCAUCUGGUCACAAUGGUCAAUCUGGUUCUCUUGAAGACAACUUGUUUGUUUUGAAACGUAUAAUGGUGGAGAAAGGGACUGCUGUUUAUCUGAGUGGUCUACGAGAGAGGCAUUUUGGAGAAGUUUUUCUAAAUGCUUCAAAGUGUCUUGGAGGUUUGCCACCAGCCAGAGCUUUAGGCAGUUUCCCAAAAACAUCAUGUUUAGGUUUCUAUGACAUAAUAGAAACAAAUGAAUAUAUGGCACAUGAAAUAGGAAACAGUUGGAGCUUCAAAAAUAUAAUUCAAGAUAAGUUUAGCCCGCAAAUGGGUUUCUAUGAAGAAGGUUUGCAUCAUAUUGCUAGAUUUGUAGAAUCUUUUGAAUCCCGAUCUAACGAAAUAUGGCUUGUAUUUCAUUAUGAGGGUGUGUCAUUGUCAAAGCUUUUAUAUAGUCUGAAAGAAGCAGAUAAGAAUGGCAAUGAGGAAAGGGCUGACAACGAGAAGUAUGCUCAGAUGUUGUAUCCUUCUAAAUGGUGGCAUUGGUUGAAGACAACAAAAGCAGGACAUAAGGAAACGCAGAGUCUUAUAUGGCAGUUGUUAAUGGCAGUCAAGUCCUGUCAUGAUCGCAAUAUCACCCAUAGGGAUAUCAAACCUGGGAAUAUGGUGAUAUGCUUCGAAGAUCAGAAAACAGGGAGAUGUUUGAAUGAAAUUCCAAAAGGAGAAGAUAACUUCACUAGUAAAAUGCGCAUAAUUGACUUUGGAAGUGCUAUGGACGAGUUUACGCUGAAGCAUUUAUAUGGUUCUUUAGGACCUUCUAAAGCUGAACAAACUAAUGAGUAUGCUCCUCCUGAAGCUUUACUGAAUUCUAGUUGGCACCAGGGGCCAAUGACCAAAACUUUGAAGUAUGAUAUGUGGAGCAUUGGUGUUGUGAUCUUAGAGUUGACCUUGGGAUCACCUAAUGUUUUUCAGAUUAGUGCUUAUACACGAGCUCUCUUAGAUCAGCAUCUCCUGGGUUGGAAUGUAGAUUUAAAAGAGCUUGCAUAUAAACUUAGGUCAUUCAUGGAGCUGUGUAUUUUAGUCCCUGGGGAUUUUUCAAAACUUCACAGAACAAUGGACCGAGUUGGAGUAUCACCAGCUUCCUGGAAAUGCUCAGAAGAGUUUUUUUCCUAUCAAAUAAGGAGUAGAGAUCCACUUAAAAUAGGGUUCAAUAAUGUUUGGCUUCUGCGGCUAGUGCGAGAUCUUUUGCUUUGGGAUCCUGAGGAUAGAUUAACCGUAGAUGAGGCUUUGCAGCAUCAGUAUUUCAAAACUCCUCCCAAAGAAUGAGUCCCUCUUAUCAGGCCGCAUAAAGCCCUACAAUUCAUGGCUCGUGGCUGUUUACACGACUCUGAAGUUCCAGCAUUUCUUGAUGACUUGGGUCCACAGAGAGGGCAGCUCGACAGUCUCGCAAAGCACCCAACACAUCCCCAAUAUGUUCAUGGAAUGCGGCUCUCAAGUGUAGAAGAUGAACAUCUGCUUUGAAUGCGAUUGCCCUAGACAGUUCAGCAAUCGCUUCUUGUUCUUUGUGGCUGUCCAUUAACACUGUUGCAAUCAUGAAGGCAGAUCAACUUCAUUAACAGCUAAAGUAAGGGUUUUUUUUUCCAAAUGUAAAAUAUAGGUAAACAAUAAGUGGAGGCCUCAAAUAUAAAUUUCGUUAAAAAAAAACUUGGAUGUCAUACACUGCAACAGAUAGUGACCUUGGCAGUGUUAUUUGUAUUACAGGGUCAACAAGUAGUUACUCAAAUCAUGUUUUAGGCAGUAUCGUAUCAAUUAUGCUAAGAAAAAGACUUAACUAUAUUAAA